AUGNAUGGAACCCAAAAUAGAAGCGGGAACAUUUCUAGAGUCUCAGACCAGUCCAGAAAUGGGCAGCAUGUUGACGAAGAACAAGCAUCUGAUUCAAGGGAGGAGGUGACAAAUCGACCACGUCCAGCUGAUGGUGGAACUCUAAGUGGAGGCAGUGCACAACCAAGAAUUUCCAGCCAGUUCAAAACAGUUCUCCAUGUUGGUGAUGUUGUUGACAAUGCUACCCUUAUGGAUGAACUAGCACGGUGUCUGGACAGAGAGUACAGAGUAAUAAAGUACUGGAAACACCUGGCCUGCAAACUUAAUAUUCCACCUGAUACCCAGAAGGAAUUUGAAAUUUAUUUUGAGUUGAGUCCCACAGUGCAUUUGUUUCAGUUUUUGUCAACAAACGAUCCACAACUUACAAUUGCAAAACUGAGAGUGGCAUUGAAAGAUAUCCACAGGAAUGAUUUAAUCCAAGAGUUGAAAGAUUUAACUGACACUGACACAGUGGUUGGUGUGUUUGACAAUGAGCCAUCUCUGUUGGACAGUAUUGCACUUAAACUUGACUCGGCCAAAAAACCAGUUGGAAAUUGGAGAAGCCUGGCUAUAAAACUGAUUUCAACUGGUCAGCUGUUCAAGGAAUUUGAGGCACAGUUACAUUCGUCUGAAAACCCUACUGCACUUCUGUUUCGAUAUUUGCGUAAGAUUAAGAAGUUUAGUCAGCUAACUGUUGGUGAACUGAAGGGACACUUGGAAAACAUGUGCAGGAGAGAUAUUUUGAUGGCCCUUGAUGGAGUGCAAGAUGCUGAGCUCUUGGCCGAUGUCUUUAGUCCUGACUCUGACCUUCUGAACCGUGUUAGCAUCCUGCUUAACAAGAAAACCCCAGCGGUUAAAAACUGGAGGAAUCUUGCUAACCAGCUUGGUGUGCCAAACAAGGUGUAUGAAGAAUUUGAUCCUGCUGCAAACAAUCCAAAGCGCAGCCCAACCAAGCUAAUGCUUGAAUGGCUUAGAUCUGAACAUCCCGACAUGACUGUAGAUGAAUUAAGAACAGCAGUGGAGAAGAUUGAGCGUGGCGAUGCUUUGGAGAUUCUUGAUGGCUACCUUUUCAAUUCACAAGGUAUUGGAAUUGAGGCAUCUUCUGGUGGUGAACAGUACCUCUCUCCUAAGAGCACUCCCCAAGAGCAAAAGCAAAAAGUCAACAUAAAAAGUUGCCAGGCAGGAAGUGCUGAGGUAGACAUUGGAUUACCCAGUCUUCAGUCUCCCAAUCUUCAGUCUCCCAGUCUUCAGUCUCCCAGUAAAAGUCCGCCGGAAACUCGCCUAUCAACUGCAGCUACAGAGUUACCUUUACGAGUAUACUCCAAAAUUUGCUUGAAGUUGAACAUACGCAGUGUUUUUUAUAGUGACUUCAGGAUGCUAGGAGAAAAAGUAGGACUUUCAAGGGACGAGGUUGUCUUUCUAGGACAGCAAGUUAAUCCAACUGAUCAUAUUCUUAGAAAGUGGUCUUCAUCUGGUCAAGCAACUGUGAAGAAGCUUAUGGAUAUCCUGGCCGAGGAAGGCUUGGAAAGAAAUGAUGUCAUAGAGAUUCUUAAAGACUGGGUUUAUCAGGAAAACUGUUCUAAAUAAGAUUUCUUGUAGAUCACUUUGAACACUAUUUAUAGCCUGAUGCGGAAGAUGACUGACUUUUCAGGCUGACUAUUUUACUCAGUCUAGAUGGCCAGAAUUAGUUUUGAUUUAAAAUGUAGUGACUGUAUAUAUUCUUGAAUGAUAUUAAUAUGAAACAGGAGACAAUGUUUUAGGACGAUUGUAUGAAAUGUAUACCGACAAGUUUUACAUUCCUCAAAAAGGUGAAUUGUGAAGAUAGGAGAUGCUUUUAUACAUCAGUAUCGAAUACUUUUCUUUCAUUCUUUCAAAUUCCGAAAGAUACUAUUGCAUGCAUAUAAUCCUUAUUGCAUUUCUGACCAAUAAUUUGGUGGCCAGGUAGAUUGAUCCAAACGUGCAGAUUUUUUUUGGAAGAAUAGAAUUUUUAUGAUAUCAACUAGCUAUAGAAACUUUUAUUUUAUCAUUUUUGUGGCUACUGCUAGGCAACACUAGCCACUCUUAUUGUAUAAUUAUUUUGUUUCUCCCUUUUUUUACGUCUAGGUCACUCUGUUUUGUACUUAUUAGUAGUUAGCCCUCGAGUAUUUUUGUAGUAAUUAUUUGACUUCAAUGAAGGGCACACUUAGUGUGCGCGGACGUUUCUAACGGUGAUUACCCACUGUAAACGAGUGGAUAUGGUAAAGCAAAUAGUACAGUAAAGUGCAGUUUAUUGCCAUG